AUGGAAUUACUUCCUGAGGGUAAGAAAAACACCGUUCAAGUGACGUUGGCAGACCAAAAAAAGAUCAAUGAGUUCUCAAAGUUAAUUAUGAGAAAAGAUGUGUGCGAGGCAGAUCUAGCACAACAGAGACAAGAGAAGGAGUAUCUGGAGGAUGUCUCCUUAGAGAUUGAAUUGAUUGAUGAGGACGAGAAAGUUCAGUAUAAGAUUGGAGAACUAUUUGUAUUUUUGAAACAAUCUGAAGUUGUGGAACAACUGGAGAAGGACGGUGAAGUAAUUGAUGAAAAAAUUGAAAACUUAGAAUCAAGAGAAACUGAAAUCAACGAAAGAUUGGCCACUUUGAAAAGUGAUUUAUAUGCAAAAUUUGGAGAUAAUAUUAACUUGGAAAGGUAG